CGCCGCCCUCGCGUCCCCGGUCCCGCGUCCCCGGCGCCGCCGGCCCGGAGCUGCCCGGAAGCUUGGUCCCGCCGCGGCGCUCGCCAGGGCAAGCCCGGGGCCGCCCGGGACCUCUGUCCGUUCCCCCGGACCCGAGAGGCUGCUGCACCGGCUGCUGCUCCAGAUGCUGCUUCUGCCGCCACGGCCACCCCACCCUCGGUCCUCCUCUCCGGAGGUCAUGGACCCACCGCCCCCCAAGACUCCCCCUUUCCCUAAGGCGGAAGGUCCUUCUUCCACUCCUUCCUCGGCGGCGGGGCCCCGGCCCCCGCGGCUGGGGCGCCACCUGCUCAUCGACGCCAACGGGGUCCCCUACACGUACACGGUGCAGCUGGAGGAGGAGCCCCGGGGCCCGCCGCAGCGUGAGGCGCCCCCGGGAGAGCCCGGCCCUCGCAAGGGCUACAGCUGCCCGGAGUGCGCCCGUGUCUUUGCCAGCCCUCUGCGGCUGCAGAGCCACCGUGUGUCGCACUCGGACCUCAAGCCCUUUACGUGCGGCGCCUGCGGCAAGGCUUUCAAGCGCUCCAGCCACCUGUCGCGGCACCGCGCCACGCACCGUGCCCGCGCCGGCCCGCCGCACACCUGCCCGCUGUGCCCGCGCCGCUUCCAGGACGCCGCGGAGCUGGCGCAGCACGUGCGCCUGCACUAGCUGGGCUGGCGCUGCCCUGCCCUCUCUGGGCCACCACGUCUGACCCACACAGCGUCACUCCCACACAUUCCCCGGUUCUGCCGAGGUUACUGCCUUACCUCGGGCCUCGGUUUCCCCAUCUACCCAACGGGAGAAACAUCAUUCCUUCCUUCCCCUCCUGUCUAGCUGUGUGAUGUAGACCAAAGUUGUUGCCCCUCCCUGGGCCUGGAAGCCAGUUGGAACUGGGCUGUGGUCCAGCUGUGCUACGUGAGCCUUUGCGAGUGACGCGACUUCUCUGAGCCUUGGUUUUCUGAAGCGGUGAACGGCUGUUCGCGUGGAAGGCAUGGCAAAAGAGCACCGGCACGAUCUGGUUCAUUUCUGUACUUUCCUCUUCUGCCUACAACCCUCUCCCGAUUUGUUGCUCAAUAAACAUUCCGCACUCCA